AUGACUGGACCUAUAGAUGCGAAUAUGAGACCACCGCUAUCCAGAGCCACUUCUGUCGGUGAAGUGGCCGCCAUAGGAAUUCUGCUCGUGAUUAAAGGCAUCACCCCACGAAUCUGGGGUGGUGCGGGUUCCAGUCGUCACAUCAGACCUUACGAGAACAAGAUAGCCAAUUUCCGGAUACUGCGUCGUGGUGCGUUGUCGAUCUUAUUCGUUUCUGCUACUCAAGAACUUGACUUAAAGAUGCCUCUCUAUGACGACGACGAUUCUCCACCUCACGGAAAGGGUUCUGCCAACAUAACGAUGAAAUUUCUUCAAGCUCAGAUUGCUCAAAAAAGAGUUCAAAUUCAGCAGGGAAUGCAAAAAGCAAGCAUAGCUCCGGUUGUCGAUCUAUCUGCUCGUAAUAAAGCUGCGCUCAAUAUGCGCAGGAUACAACCGGUACGGGCACUUCCAAUCACGGACUGCGCUCCUCCAUCAUUUCUACCAAAAGGUGCUGUUGAGGACAGUGUGAACUUAUUCGGAGAAUACAUAGUGAAAAAUGAAUAUCAACCAGCUGUUCCGAAUGAAUAUAUAUCUUUCAAGCGUAAGGCUGAAGAACGCGAGGCACGGGAAAGGCAUGCUAGAGAAGUUGCUGAAAGGCUAAGCCGUGAUCAUAAGGAAGAAGCGAAGAAGAGAAUGAAAGGUGCUGCAAUUGCUCCACCUCAGGCGUUACUGGAACCGUCGUCACCUCCACCUAAGGAAUCGUCUCCACCUUCAUCUGCUGCUGGCAUGCCACCGCCAGCAUUUUUACCCUCUUUUGGCAAAGCCACGUCUAAAGGUCUUGGCGUUGCUGCUAACAUAAUGAGCAAAUUUGGUUACAAACAUGGUGCAGGACUUGGACGUGAUGAGCAGGGGAUGAGCACGGCGUUAUCUGUGGAGAAGCUAGGGAAAAACGCGGGUCUUAUCAUCAAUGAAAGCCAAAGCGCUGCUCCCUCUACAACAACUACGACGACUGCGGCGCCUAUGGGUGUUGCUCCUAUCAAUAUGACCGAAGCAAUGAAGUGUUCUACCAAAGUACUGAUGCUAACGAACAUGGUAGGUCCUGACGAGGUGGACGAUGAACUCGAACCGGAAAUCCGUGAUGAGAUGGCCAAAUAUGGUCAAGUUGCGUCCGUAGUCAUUCACAAGCUGGACGGUGUUAGUGACGAUCUAGCAGUGCGAAUCUUUGUUGAGUUCACGAACGUUGCGCAGGCAAUUAAGGCCUUUGUUGUCAUGAAUGGACGGUUUUUCGGUGGACGAUCCGUAGCUGCUGCAUUCUACAACGUCGAUGACUUCAAUAAUAAAGAGUAUGGACGGUAG